ACAAAAGAAGCAAAAUCCCAGAAAUACAUACAUGGCUGAAAUCUCGGCGACUUCAUUUCCUUCUUCUUCUUCCUCUGUUCUUGCGUUCCGUACCUCCCACAAUGGUAGCUUAAAAUGUCAGAAUGUAGCUGUUCCAAGAACCACUUCCCAGUUCCAAGAGUUAUCGGUGAAACGAAGCCAGCUUGUUGGCAAUGCCCUUGUUACCGGUCAUGUUGCCGGAUCCCGCAGCUGCAAGAAUCAAGCUAUACGAGCUGUUCUAUCCGGUGAUGGAACCGCCCUGCCUGCUGAUUCAAAGGAGGCUGGACUUCGUGGAAAACUUAAAAAAGUCGUUCUAGCUUACAGUGGAGGCUUGGAUACCUCUGUCAUUGUGCCAUGGCUUAAGGAGAACUACGGUUGUGAAGUUGUGUGUUUCACCGCUGAUGUUGGUCAGGGCAUAAAAGAGUUGGAAGGUUUAGAACAAAAGGCUAAGGCUAGUGGUGCUUCUCAGUUGGUCGUUAAGGAUCUCACAGAGGAGUUUGUGAAAGAUUACAUAUUCCCUUGUCUUAGAGCUGGUGCCAUCUAUGAACGAAAAUACUUGCUUGGUACCUCCAUGGCUCGACCUGUCAUUGCGAAGGCCAUGGUUGAUGUAGCAGCAGAGGUUGGAGCUGAUGCCGUUGCACAUGGAUGUACUGGCAAAGGAAAUGACCAGGUUCGGUUUGAGCUCACCUUCUUUUCAUUAAACCCUCAACUUAAAGUUGUGGCACCAUGGAGAGAAUGGGAAAUCCAAGGCAGAGAAGAUGCUAUUGAGUAUGCCAAGAAGCAUAACAUUCCCGUCCCAGUGACAAAAAAAUCUAUUUACAGCCGGGACAGGAACCUGUGGCACCUUAGUCAUGAGGGUGAUCUAUUGGAAGAUCCAGCAAACGAGCCGAAGAAAGAUAUGUACAUGAUGAGUGUAGAUCCUGAAGAUGCUCCUGAUCAGCCUGAAUACAUCGAGAUCGGGAUAGAAUCUGGAAUUCCAGUGGCACUGAACGGGAAGGCUCUGAGUCCAGCCACACUUCUGGCCGAGCUAAACACAAUAGGAGGAAAGCACGGGAUUGGGCGGAUUGACAUGGUUGAGAACCGUCUGGUUGGGAUGAAAUCACGAGGUGUCUAUGAAACUCCUGGAGGCACCAUCCUCUUUGCAGCUGUACAGGAACUAGAAUCCCUCACUCUAGACAGAGAGAGUAUUCAGGUAAAAGACUCAUUAGCACUGAAAUACGCAGAGAUGGUCUAUGCGGGAAGAUGGUUUGAUCCGCUUAGGGAGUCCAUGGAUGCUUUCAUGGAGAAGAUAACUGAGACAACCACGGGAUCUGUGACACUAAAGCUGUACAAAGGAUCUGUGUCAGUUACAGGGCGUAGGAGUCCUAACAGUCUGUACAGACAGGACAUAUCUUCGUUUGAAAAGAGUGAAAUCUAUAACCAAGCGGAUGCAGCCGGGUUUAUUAAUAUCUUCGGGCUUCCAAUGAGAGUGAGAGCUAUGCUUGAGAAAGGAAUCUAGAAAGGGUUUCAUUCAUGUCUUACUUGGGAUUGAGAGCCUAACAUUGGAACAUCCCUUAUUGUGAUGCGUUUAGCUUCUUCAGCUACUUUCGAAAUAAUCCUAUCAUCUUUCUUCACUUUGGAAAAACUUGAGAAAUUUAAUAAUGUGCUUCAUGUUUA